AUGAGCGCCGACGCCGAGCAGCUCCCGGCGGGGGCCCAGGCGGCCAGCGUGCCCCUCUGGACCGUAUCCAGCUGGGCCGCCUCCGAGGUGCCCCCCAACACCAGCGUAGCCGCGGGGGAAGCCGGCCGGCAGCAGGGGCAGACAGAGUGGGGCAGCAGGGCGGGCGAGAUUGCUGGCAUGGUGGUGAUCCAGUGCAUCUACGCCCUGGUGUGCCUGCUGGGGCUGCUGGGCAACUCCCUGGUGAUCUUCGUCAUCCUGCGCUACGCCAAGAUGAAGACGGCCACCAACAUCUACCUGCUCAACCUGGCCAUCGCUGACGAACUCUUCAUGCUCAGCAUCCCCUUUGUGGCCACGUCGGCUGCCCUGCACCACUGGCCCUUUGGCCGGGCCCUGUGCCGCACCGUGCUGGGUGUUGAUGGGCUCAACAUGUUCACCAGCGUCUUCUGCUUGACCGUCCUCAGCCUGGACCGCUACAUCGCGGUGGUGCACCCGCUGCGGGCAGCCACCUACCGCCGUCCUCGGGUGGCCAAGAUGGUCAACGGGGGCGUGUGGCUCCUCUCCUUGCUGGUGGCCUCGCCCAUCCCCAUCUUUGCCGGUACAGCAACCACCCGCGAUGGCCAAGCGGUGGCCUGCAACCUCCUGUGGCCGAGCCCGGCCUGGUCGGCCGCUUUUGUGGUCUACACCACCUUGCUGGGCUUCCUGCUGCCAGUGCUGGCCAUGGGGCUGUGCUACCUGCUGAUCGUGGGCAAGAUGCGGGCGGUGGCGCAGCGGGUGGGCUGGCAGCAGCGCCGGGGCUGCGAGGGCAAGCUGACGCGCCUGGUGCUGAUGGUGGUCGCCAUGUUCGUGGUCUGCUGGAUGCCCUUCUACGUGGUGCAGCUGGUCAACCUCCUGCUGCCCGGCCGCCUGGAUGCCACCGUCAACAACGCCUCCCUCAUCCUCAGCUACUCCAAA